UGUGCUGAUUAGCUGGUAUCCUCCUCCUCCCAACCCUCUCACAUUAUCGAGCAGGGAGCUGUGCCUUCCUGACUGCGGUUGCUGGACGGCUGCUUCUUGCUGUGGAAGCUGCAGCUAGUGUUCGAGUUCUGCUCACACCCAGCUUCCUUCCUUCGUAGCAAAUCUCAUCCAGCCAAGGCACGGCAUUGGAAUGCCUCCAGUUUAAACAACCGAGGAUAUUGUCAGCAGACGUGGUUGUAUUGUGAGGGGAGGACUGGAAGCUGAAACAGCGAGCCACCGAAGUCUUUUGGAGCUGCUGCCUGAGAGAUGAUGUUUGGGAGAAAUGGCAUCUUCGGAGCUGGGGGUUCCUGGAAAAAAGUAGUGAGACAGGACUCGUGCAAGAAGAAGGUGGUCCUGACCAAAGUGACCCUCCUCCAGAAUGGCUCGCAGACUGAGGACACCCUGUCACAUCCAGUCUCAGGCAAGACAGGAAAUCCUGAGGCCAGCCCAGCGGAGCAACCACAUAAACACGCAGAACGAGUGAAGACUGGAUUCGAGAGCUCCUUCUCGGAGUAUGCUGCAGUCAGCGAGCCGUCCAAUUGCUCCAUCCUGAAACUCUAUAAAUCAGAGUCUGAGGACUCAGGGGUUGAACUGCCCAGCGGCACUAAUUCUCCAUCUACUCCCUCAGGGUCUGAACAGAGCUUUGUCGUACAUCGAAGGGAAUCCUCUUGUGACUCUGGGAUGGCUUUGAGCAUUGUGUCCUCAUCCCCGGGAGUUCAGCAUUGUCCAUUUACAGCUGACUGUCACAACCCCGACCAGUGUUUAAAAGAAGACACAAGGCCCAGGGAGGCUCCAGUGAAGGUCAAGAAAUUACCCACGGCCACUGCAAAUUGGAAAAAAACUAAACCCAGCAGAGACAUGACUCAGAGUCCAACUGUUAUAAAUGAGGAAGUGGCCCAGCCCAGGCAUGUCUCCCUUGUUGAAAUCGUCAUUGCAGACACAAAUUCACCAGCAACACUGAAUGGAGCAGGAAAACAUGCAACUGAAACCCCACUCAAUCAAGAGGCAUUGAAAAGACGACCAUCAAGUGACAGUCUGAACGACUACAUGGAGGAAUGCUGCAGGCUAAGUCAGGUAAACCAGGAGAAGGUGGGUGAUCGGGGCUCAGGUCUGGGCUACCUGGAGCACAUCUGCCAGCUCAUCGAGACCAUAGGCCAAUUGCAGGACCAGAACAAGCAGUUGCAGAAGCAAGCAUUGAUCACAGAGAGAGCCCUCAAAGUGAACAGGAUGAAGGAGGAGUUUUUCCUGAAUCACUGCUCAUGUGGAGCUGUUGGAAUCUAUCAGAGUCUGGCAAACCUCCCUGAUCUCCAGAUAGGAUCUUGCAGCAGCUCUCCAAGCCAUGGGAUCUCCUUCAAGGGGGAGAACACAGCUCAGAUCACAGGGAGGACGGAGAACAACAGUCAACAAGCUGAGGAUACACAGCCAAACGGCAGAGAACAGAGCAGAAAGUACAUGUGCAGAAAAAUGUUAAGUCAGCAAGACCUGGUGCUUGGCCAUGAAGAACUGAGUGAGCUCAACUCUCACUGCCAGGACCACCAAGAUGCGGAAGGCCAAUCCAGUGGGAAGAUCAAGCUCCUGCUUCGUGAUUCCAAGUUAAAAACUCGCCCAGUCAGAGAUUCAUUUACCAUGUUAAAGCAGUCCUGCCCUCAGCUUUAUAGGCCGGAAGAUGGAAGAAGCAGUCCUCUGAUAAAGGAGACAAAUUCUGCCAGUGUGUGGGGCCUCAACAGGAACAGUGAUUGGGAGUACACUCCCUGAUUGUUUGGGCAAAUUUAGUGAAAUAAGAACACUGUCCAGAGAAAUUCCAAUAACGUGUGACAAUCUAUCUGAUCCAGUAGAGGGGGAGUCUCUGGGGCAGCACUAUGGACAUAGCACAGUUGGCACUACUGAGUGGCUGCUUUGAUCUGUCAUCCAGGAAUUUCUGGAAACUUAUUUUAAAUACAAAGCAGACCAGUUUGUUAGAAGCCAGGUCCACAAUGUUGAAGAUUGUGUGAAUCCAUCUUUUCUGUAAUGCGUGAGGUUCUGUGACCUUCUUUAUGUUUGUACAAUUCACUAAUUGACAAAGUUCUGACUUCAAGUAAUGUCACCUGGAUUGUCAAAAUGAUUAAAAACCAAAAUAGCUGCACAUGGUGUAAAUGAGAAACAAAAACAGAAAUUCAUGGAAACGUUCAGCAGGUCUGGCAGCAUCUGUGGAGAGAUAUC